AUGGACGGUGACCGAAAAAUGGCCGUUCCUCAUGUUGAUGGGUCUGUUGAUGGUGCUCAGAAACUUAAAGCAGCAUUGCAUGGGAGGACUACUGGUCCUACAAGGCGUUCUACAAAAGGGCAAUGGACUUCUGAGGAGGACGAGACAUUGCGGAAGGCUGUUCAACGUUUCCAAGGAAAAAAUUGGAAAAAAAUAGCGGAGUGUUUCAAGGAUAGAACUGAUGUACAAUGCUUACAUAGGUGGCAGAAAGUGUUGAAUCCUGAACUUGUUAAAGGGCCAUGGUCUAAAGAGGAAGAUGAAGUGAUGAUUGAAUUGGUGAACAAAAUUGGGCCUAAAAAGUGGUCAACUAUCGCACAACAUUUACCUGGGCGUAUCGGGAAGCAAUGUCGAGAAAGGUGGCAUAAUCAUCUUAAUCCUGCUAUAAACAAAGAAGCAUGGACACAGGAAGAGGAGUUGGCUCUAAUACGUGCUCAUGAAAUUUAUGGGAAUAAAUGGGCAGAAUUAACGAAGUUUUUGCCUGGAAGGUAA